CAAGAGCCAGACUCACAACCAGAGCUCUGGAGGCGGCUUUUCAUUCAGCUUCCCCUCUUCUCCCCAGUAAAGAGCAAGGUUCUGUGAUCCACACACAGGGGAAGCCAUGGGCAAGCACCACACACUGAAGGGUCAGAUCUGUGGAAAAAGAUUUGACUGGUCCAGAUUGGAAAUGGCUGGAUUGCAAGAGAUACGAAUGAUUGAAGAAAAACCUCUGCUGCGGGAGCAGAUGUCAUUGGAGAAUUCCGAUGUGUUCCUGCCACCCACAGACUCAGACUGGAAGGAGCACGACAUUGACACUCCCUAUGGGAUGUUGCACGUGGUCAUCCGCGGUGCCCCGAAAGGAAACCGCCCGGCGAUCCUGACCUACCACGAUGUGGGGAUGAACCAUAAAUUGUGUUUUAACACAUUCUUUAACUUUGAGGAUAUGCAGGAGAUCACCAAGCACUUUGUGGUGUGCCAUGUGGAUGCCCCAGGGCAGCAGUCUAAUGCCUCUCAGUUCCCUGCAGGAUACCAAUUUCCAACCAUGGACCAGCUGGCCGCAAUGUUACCAAGUGUCAUCCAGCACUUUGGAUUUAAGAGUGUUGUUGGAAUUGGAGUUGGAGCCGGGUCCUAUGUCUUGGCCAAGUUUGCUCUGAUUUUCCCUGACCUCGUGGAAGGGCUGGUGCUCAUCAACAUCGAUCCAUGUGGCAAAGGAUGGAUUGACUGGGCAGCGACCAAGCUCUCGGGUCUGACCAGCUCACUCCCUGACACCGUUCUCUCACAUAUCUGCAGCCAGGAGGAACUGAUGAACAAUUCAGAGGUAGUCCAAAGCCUCCGACACCAGAUAGGAGCCAAUGUCAACCAGACCAACCUGCAGCUCUUCUGGAACAUGUACAACAGUCGCAGGGAUCUGGAAAUGAACAGACCUGGAACCGUGGCUAAUGCAAAGACCAUUGUGUGUCCUGUGAUGCUGGUGGUUGGGGACAAUUCGCCAGCAGAGGAAGGGGUGGUGGAAUGCAACUCCAAGUUGGAUCCAACCCAAACCACUUUUCUCAAGAUGGCUGACUCUGGUGGGCUCCCCCAGAUCACACAGCCUGGAAAACUGACGGAGGCCUUCAAGUACUUUCUGCAGGGAAUGGGUUACAUUGCGUAUUUAGUGGAUAGACGGCUGAGUGCUGGAACAGUGCCCUCUGCCAGUAUGACUCGGCUGGCUCGCUCCCGCACAGCCUCCAUGACCAGCGCCAGCUCGGUAGAUGGACCCCGACCCCGGGUCUGCACCCAAACCAACAGCAGCGACAGCGUGGGCCAGGUGACCCAGAACAUCUCGCAGACCAUGGAGGUGUCCUGCUAAGGCGCUGAACCGACAGGGUUCCACCCCAAGCUGCACCAAGAAGCGAUUUCUAUUCCAUUAUAGGAGCGGCUUUGACAACACAAAAUAGAGCUUGGUACAUCCUGCAGUGUGGCAGUCUGUGAUUUUUCUAGCCUAUCUUUAAAAAAAAAGUUAAAAUAGCCGUGGACAUCUCUUUCUGCAUGAGCUACAAUCAUUGUGAACGCUUCCUUAUUUUGCUAAAUGUAGCUGCCUCAGCCUCUCUGCCCAUCUUAGCUGGGCUGAGCCGAGUCUUGUAUACUCAUCUGCACUCACCCAGUGCCAUGACACUCGUUUGGGAUUGUGCCAAUGUAAACGUUCUCCUGUACUUCAAAAAAAUUUGUGCAACAGGAGAACAUCACAAUUAGAGGUGUUUAAUGUGAAGGCAUUUCCUAGCAUUGGUGUGUUGAUAAUUGUUCUAGAUGGUGUGUUCUUUAUGCUUUCUAUAAGCGACGCAGUAAACACUGCGUCCGUUUGCGAUGUGGGUCCCUGUAGAUACUCGAUGUUUGUAGAUACAUACAGCACUUUCUCCCUCUUCCCCAAACUGCAAUUCGAAACAGGAAGAAAGGAGAUGACUUACGUUUUGUUCUGGGUCUCACGUUUUGAUUGGCCUCUGUGAUAUUGAUAGUGCUAUUCAAGAAACUUUUUUUGUAAUGAUUUUUUUUGUGAAAUGUUGUGGUUGUUGUUGAUCUGACACUUGACCAUGGCUGGGGAUACCAUGAUUGAUAGUUAAUUCACUGUCAAUGUACCCACUUACUAUGUUUACAAAAAUAAAUAAAUGUGUGGAAAACAA